CCGUGUUAGGGAUGGGUAGGAAGGCAUGGAAUUUUGUAUUUAUUCUGCGCACUGAUGGUUUGACUUGCAGAUCCACCGGAAAAGGGCUUUAGUUUGACUUCCGAGUCAGUGGUAAAGAAAAUAUCAAUUAUUUGAUCAGCCGCCUGACUGGAUUCUAGAGCGCGAUUGGCGGUGCACUGGACGACGAACCUGGAGCUCGACUACUCGAUUCCGCCUGGCCACAUACGCCUGUUGACUGAGUCAGUUUCGCAGUCCGCACAGGCUGUCUGAACUAGUGAUUGCCCCAGCUAAAAGUUAAGGACUUUCCUAUGGAUGUCCUCAAUCUAGCAAAGCGAUUUACGGAAUACGAAAAUAAGCCAUACAUGUUUAAAUAUGUUGGACAGCAUAUAUGGACUAAUGAAAGGGAAGACGUAGAGAUAUUGCUUUCCCUAUAUUCUGUAGAGCCUAUGUGCCUCAUUUUUAAGAAGUCUCGCUGUUUAAUAGAUGAAACUCAAGCGAAAAGAUCGGCUUCAGCAUCUCCACUUGGUUGAACAGAUUCUACAUUUGAUUCAGAAUGAAAGAAUGUAUGUAAGCUUUACUAACUGGGCAUCCAAGUUCGGAUUUAGAGACGCCUCAUCCGUACAAGGUAUUUUGCAGCCGCAUUGGUAAUUAAACAGGCCAAAGUGAGAGACCGGUCUACAAAUUCAGGGCACAUAAUUAGGUUCAUAAAACCGAGAUUAAAUGCCGCGGGCUCAGUCACACUCUGCUACUAUAAUCAAACCACGAAGUCCGACCAUCGUAAAUCGGGGAUAGUGCCUAUUUCCAACUGACUCGCUUCUUAACCUGGGACAAAUAAGGCAUUUUGGUAGGGCAUUCUCAUCAAAGCACUGAUGCCGGAGUUCCAGUUGAGCGUAAAUGGACGGUUCUCAUUUCUCAAAGGUCUCCCAUCUGCGUGGACAACGCAGGGCUGCAAGCCCACUGCAUAAAGCAAAAUGCGCGAAGAUUCGGGGUCCAGAUAUUUUAUCGCGUUCAACGUCCCCCCUGCAGAAGAUGUGCGUUCAUGGACUGAAUUAUAUGUGCGUUGGCGUUUCAGGAACUUUCCCAUUUCCAUCAGAGUAGUGCGAAGGGUCACUGUUGGCGACUUUGAUUUAUUCAGCCUUGCCGUCGGCCUCGUAUUACAACUCACGAUCUUUGACCCGCCCGUUUGCUGCUGACCCACCUUGACGUAUCCAUGGUUGGCCGAUGGCGGGCUUGCGUGGCCUUCGCCCUUUUUGCGGGCGCCGUAGUUUCAGUCGAGCCAGCGCACCUGUUGGCCUCCUCUCGUGUGAGUUUCUUUCGGCCGUGUGGGCGCAUGGGUUAUAGGCUGUUCAACGUGACCUUCAACCGAACCAUCGCCUCUUUUGCUCGGACGUCGACUAUCAGCCUCGCCUGCCCUAUUGGCCCUGUCUGAGCUGAUUCGAGCCAUGUGAACAGCGCCAGGUAGGUGGGAUGCAGGUCGACAGCAACACUCGAUGUGGUCGAAUCAGUUCGGACAGGGCUGACGUCGGUUAAUAAGCCGGAAAUGGUCAUCCCCGACUUCUACCUCGUCACUUGUCGCCAUACGACUGCCUAAGAGGGCUAUAGAAUGAGCUUCAAGGCGUAACCGGUUGAGUAUUUCUCGCGACCUAGCCGGGGAAGGCGCAUCCACCGCAGCUUAUAUCCCCAGUCACAAUCGACAGGAUAAAGGGCCCCUGGCUCAAUGGCAGGGCGUUAGACUUAAUAACACUCGGUGACCAAAGAAGGUGGAUUCGAAUCUCAGACCUCGCAAACCGGAGUUUGGUUAAUCCUGGCUGACGACGGCUAGGAAGUCAAAAAUGGUCAUACCACUCUCUCCAUCUUUGUCAGUGUCCCUCAUUUCCACACUAAAUAUGGCUGAUACCCUGAUCUAAACGAAUAGUCUCUAACAGCGAGGCGAAAUUCGAACUAAGAAUACGUCCGCUAACGAGGAACGCAGGUCAGACAGUUUUCUAAAUGCAAAUCCCCAAUGCAAUGAAAUCAGGUCUGCUAAUAGUGUUUACUUUUUACUGGAGGAUUUUGUCAAUGGGUUAUUAACCUAUAUGGUUUUGGCAUUUCUGGAUUCAUAGCAAGGUCCGAUGCCGAGGUUCCAACGGUGGUCAGAGCCUAUCUCAGCCGCUGGAUUGCAUCGUUGGUGCCCCCUCCAAAAUUACGACGGACCGCUAUUCCCAAUCCGAAUCGCACCUCUUCCAGUCUCUCGUCUGCCCUUUAGACUGCACACGGAUCCGGACGACAGUAUACCACCCAGCCACCUGCAGCCGCCUGAUCGACCGGUUCGGACAAACGCGGUUCCACACAGUCGCAGCUGCCUUCGACAAAUGCAGUAUGACAGUUCGACCGUCGAUGUCGACUAUGUCCACCAUGCGCUCCAGAGCAAGGUGAAGCAGACACCGUGACUUGCGCGUGAAAUAGUUUAUAGUGAGGGUCGAUUUGCGCAGCAUCUACCGCACUCUCUCCUCAUCACCUCGGCCCGUAUCAAGACAUAGUCAAGAAGACCGUAGGUGGGGGAGGACGUGGGUGACUGGCACGGCCGGACCCACACCUAGGCGUACCACCAUACCCCUUGGCCCAAAGCAAACACUCGACCAAGGUUUUAACUAACGGCAACAGCACUACAACGAUUCAGAAAGACGCGGAUGACUGAACACCAUGUUCAAGGCCUGUAUGGCCAGCGGGGGCGUAAGCGCAUCUACCGGUGGGGAACCCGCUGACGGAAAACUGCCGGCGCACAUCGGGCUGCGAUGGCCAUUGUUUGCUGAAUCAGGGCAUAGCAGAUGCACACAAUCCUCGUGGCCCGGAAUGCAGCAUAAGCCAGCAGACACGCCACCUCUUGGCAAACGCAACCUACACCAAUUGGACAACACAUGAGUUUGCUCCACGAACCUAGUUGAGUAGCUGCCACCACUUGCCUCACCCACUCUCUCUCUCAGACACGACCUACCACUGAUAUAAGCGAACAGGCGAGUUCCAGGUAGCAGUUCAGAAAAUGAAGAUGCGAUCACUGGAACGAGAAAUUUAUUUGCCUGACGUUUCGGAUUCUCACUCGAAUCCAUCAUCAGAGACAUUCGCAGAUAAAGUUGAUGGUGGCACCAGGAGUGCAGUAUUUAUAGCACGUGACUGCCGUGCUAUAAAUACUGCACUCCUGGUGCCACCAUUACCUUUAUCUGCGAAUGUCUCUGAUGAUGGAUUCGAGUGAGAAUCCGAAACGUCAGGCAAAUAAAUUUCUUGUUCCAGUGAUCGCAUCUUCAUCUUCUGAACGACCUACCACUGCCAGAACAUGGCCUGGCCUCACCAGUGGCUAUUGCCGCCCGUGAGGGCAACUCAGGAUUCGGUAUAUACUGAAAGCCAUCGUUCUGGUGCCUUUGCUUUUCCCUUGGGACCAGCGACUUGGCCUGGUGAUUGUGACGUUCGAAAGCCCAACCACCAUCUUCGGCAGCAACCAAUUGGUUAUCCCGAUGUGAUACGAACAUGCUACUGCCAGAAGUAGCUUUACACAUUCAUCAAGAAAUUCCUACUCGAGUUCACCUUGCUGUUUUCCCUGUGCUACUCAUCGUGGCUACGAAUAGGAAAACGGGGUUGUCGACGCCCCGUCAUGAAUCGACAUGGGUUUUAUCGACAAAACUCAGCCGUACAAAUCCAGAUCAUACGCCGAUCAAUGUUUUUCGAGCAACCGUCCCAAUGUGAUGCUGUCAGAACAGAUCUCAUCCCUGCCCCAGACAUUCCUCCGUCCAUUUCCAACGAAUCCAUUGUUCGUGUGUUAUUCUCAUACACUCAGCAUGCUACUGGACAAACGACUAUGAAGCUCCACUUCAAUCCAAUUUUUCGCGCAUGGAUGACAGUGAACCUAUUUCACUAUGCAUUCGUCUGACUCAGCACUCACUGGAUGCAUUGUGCCCGAUAUGUCCUUUUCUCUCAUACCAACUUGUCAACUCAUCGGCACGCUGACGGGACCACGCCAGCACAUCCGUGGCCCAUGCCACAGCUGAGCUUCUGCAAAUGUCGCAGCAUCAACCUUGAACGCUGCCCGAACAACGCCUGUCAUCAUCAGCACACGCCCUCAAAUCCGCAUGUUCAAUGGACCAGUCCAUUCGUUUGCUUCAAGAUCGAUGUCAUUAUUUCCUUCCGUGUCUAGUUGGAGCUUUUGCCGACAGCUGUUGCCUAAGCCUAAAUGUUUCCCUUUAACGGUCCGAUACCUUUUCAGUAUCUACGCCUGUUGUUUUAGCGCAAUCGGAGCAAAAUCGCAAACACACUUGCGCUUUCGAUGCAUAUGCUUGGCAAUCGGGCCCUCGAACUAUUGAACGUUAGUUUUACCUGCUAACUGACUUUUCUUCUGACAACCACAGUCAGCCAAGUGCGCAUCAUUGGUGGUUUCGAGCUUGGGCCACUCAUAACUUAAAAGAGUAGGGUUUGGUCCUGCAGUCGCACUUGAGAGUAUCAUACUGCCAACCUACUGAAGUAUAUUUGAGUAGGCGAGAGUACGACAAAAUAGCGUCAAUGGCAGCGCUGAGACGGAGUGCACACUGACAUGGCUUCCAGUGGACCAUGCAGUCACUUUCCUACCUAAUCCAGCGAGUCGUUAGGCUGCGCGCGUCAACGGCUCUACUCCUUUCCGAUCCCACUUCAGUGAGUGUGUACGGCCAGGCUACGUCAGCGGAGGUGCUUCAACAGGGCUCUCCGUUCGCGUUGUCCUUACGAAGAAUGCUAUUGACGUAUUCAAUAAAAUUUCACUAAUAAAUUACACAUACCACACAAUCCCUCGGGGCGCAGUGGGUCGGGCUUGCAUAAGGCGCGGUAUAUCAAUUUACAUGUGCUUCUUUUCUGCUUUUCUAACUUUUAUUAUCAGUAUUAUAGAUUAGCUUGCCAGACCGUUUACUGAGACGUUUGCGGCACUGCUUGUUGACCGUCAUUAACUGGAUGCGAUUCUGCUACGUGCCUUAGGAAUUUUUCCUCCAAUUUGCUUCAUCUCAUUCAGGAGUGUUUUCGUGCGCACAACUCGCCAAACGCUGCACUAUUCCACUGCUGUGGUGUGGUUUAUGCCGACGGAAGUCGCAAACCUAUUGACUCUAGUUCCUUCGAGAAAGGCCAGGCGGGUUUACACUACUUUCUUUGAUUUCAGCCUGCUUUUGUCAAACACCGUCGAAGUUCAACUAGGUACCUAAGUUUUCUAUGAAAAUAGGAGGUCUAGAGUAAAAAUAGUUCUUUUAUCGCAAUCCCAAUCGUUCAUAUGAAUCCAUUUGAAACUUUCUUGGGUUGUGGCCAGUUCAGGUCGUGCUCAGUCUUCCUACUGCGCUCAUUCAAGAAUCUGCAAAAUAGGCCCAUAUUCGCAACUUAGUAAUAUUUAUUCUGUAUCGAGAGCAUCUAAAACCAUGCCCACUUGGGUAUGCUGACACUUAAACAUAUAUUCACCGUAUGCUGUCAUAAUACUGCGUACGGUGAGGCGAAUUGAUUGCCCCCUGUAUUUCGGUAAAUUCAGCGCCCCUCCCGCCUUCUUCGUGGUUUGCUCGCUUACGGUCUGCAAAUGAAAUAAGUAAAAAUAUUUAUUCAUCUGAAUUGUAUACAGCCGCCUUUAAAACCCCAGAACUGCGCAUUCAUUUAUCACUCUCCGUUUCGUUCAACAACUGACUUCACGGUUUCAUGGGCUACUACCUCAUUGUGAGUAGCUCUCUUCUAAAUUAAAAAUUCCACGACACACUUGCGUUACUUCAAAUAUGUUACUGCUUCCCGUGGCCAUUUCUUCGCUUUGUUCUGCGCCCCUGUUUCGAUCACGCAUCAUUUUCUUUGAACAUUUUGCAGAGCGAACUUUGCAAUGUGUUCGCAUUUCCCAUGGGUUGGAGGCUUUCCCGUUGCAUUUUUUCCUCGUUCUAUACAAUCCAGCGGCUUCCGCAAACUGUUCUACACACAGCUUUUAAUUUUUUAUCACUCAUUCAAAUUUUACUUCUUUUAAACUACCUUUGCUGGCGUAGAUAUGACUCCCUUUGCCUUCCUACAUUUCCGCCUUUCCCUUGGCCUGCCCUAAGGCCUCAUACAUGAAACCCCUAUUACCCCCAUUCCCGCAUUACGGGCGCCCAUGGUUCCUCCUACCGCCAGUGGGGCUGCUGGACUAAACCGGCAGAGGGUUAGACGAAAAAGACUAAUAUUCGGUUGGGCACGGGAAUAUAGACCCCGCCCGUAUUACAAGUGGUCUCUCCCAACAUUUAAUGAAGCUUGGAGCCCUAGAUAGCGUCGGGGUCAGGACUAAGUUUAUGGUUAGGGCUAAGACCACGACUAGGAGAAAUUACACUUGCUCAUUCGACGCACCCUUGUGGCCUUCUUCGAUAAUCCCCCAAGUUUCUAAAACUUCCUGCAAUUUGAAAGGUUAAUUUGGCAAACAGCUGUUUUUUCGUUAACUCAUCAUUAGGCCAAAACAGUUGCAUAAAAAUUGAAAAUAUGUGAAUUUCACAGGGUUUAUAAGUGAUUUAUGGGUUAUUACUACUCCUCAUUCACACACCACCCGCAUAGCGAAGCGUGUUACGGCGUUGUCAGCGUGUUAUGCUCAUUGGAAGGAGGGGGAGGGUGACAUAGGCUGUGAGUGAUGUUUGUAAGUCGGGUACGUUGAGCAGACAUCAUUGCCAUCAGGAGGUGGUGACGGCAUGUAAUCAUCAUCUGGGAUCGGCGUUGGCCACGGAAGACAGAGCGCCUAUGUCAACGUCUUCUGACAACAUAGCACUAGAUUGGCUGGCCGUAUAGCCACUGCCUCGGCUGUAAUUAGCACUCGUUGGCGUAGGCCUUCGGAGAAGCUUGCUAGUGUCCGAUAGACAACCUGAAAGGCUUCUUUGGCAUCGACUGGGUGAUUCGCAUCGACAAAAUGUGCGAGAAUAGAACUCGAAGUCGAUUUGUUCUCGCCUCUGCCUAGCCAGGUCGCUAUGUGUUCACGUACUCUUUUUUCCAGACGCUUCGUUGUACGGCCACUGUAUUCCGCUCCACAGGAGCAAAUAAAUGAGUAAAUACACAAUUUAUAAACUUCAAUUUAUUCCAAUUUUUAAGUCCGGACAUGAUGGAACUACCCAUUGACGGACUGGUCUGGAUCAAGAUUCGUUGGGAUGCGUCGGGCAUGUUCCUAUUUCUUAUUCCGACGUGCUGACUUAUCGCACCUGAUGAAUAGAUUACAUCAGUACUCUUUUUGACUGCUGCUUCGAGUGCACCCCUGCAGAUGUCUCAGUAAUAUCCUAGAUAGCCAGCUCGAUAAACUUUCAUCACAGCCUGCAUGUGCGCUUGCUCGCCUCAUCGCUCGCUCCUCUAGCAGCCCCUUCGUUAUGUCUGGUACAUGAAGAGGAAGAAGGGAGAAGAAGGGGGAGGGAGAAAACGAAGAAGAAGAAGAAGAAGAAGAAGAAGAAGGAGGAGGAGGAGGAGGAGGAGGAGGAGGAGGAAGAAGAAGAAGAAGAAGAUGAAGAAGAAGACGAGGACGAGGAGGAGGACGAGAGUUGA